AUGGUGUCCUGGCUGGAGGUGUUGGACCCCCUCCACGCAGGCAUCUUCUUGCUACGCCUGAACGAGCAACGCCUGACCGCCGGGCCCACCCUCUUCUGUGACGUCAACCUCAUCGCCACCAGCGACGCCAAGUUGGCCGCCUGCUGCCAGUACUUCCGCCAGCUGCUGCUGUCGUCGUCUUCCCCACCGCCUACGACUCCUGUAUUAGGCAGCCACCACCCGCCGUCUACCCCCUCUUCCAGGCUCAUCCAGGGGGCUGAGCUGGACCUGCCUAACCUCCAGUCCUGUGUGCUGUCCAACCUGCUUGACUUCAUCUACUCCUCCCGUGUUGCCCGCAAGGGCUCCAAGGGGACCAGGCAUCUGUCGGAGGCGGGCCUCAGCCUUAGGGUGCCCAUCUUGACCAAUCUGGUUGAGGAAGAAGAGGAGGCGGAACCAGGGCAGAUGAAGGGUAAAAGCCGGCAGUGCCGAGGAGGGGAGGCCAUGAUGGAGGGGCUGAUGAAUGAUGAGGCAGACGGCCCCGAGAACGCUAAGAUCACCCUCAGCUUCCCCCUCAGUGCCGCCCUGCCCGCCGCCCUCACCGUUCACAACCACCGCCCCUCCUCAGCCACAUCCUACCCCCGCCGCCGACACUCCUCCAAGGUGUCCAACGAGCCCCCCCCAGCGGGACAGCUCCCCGUCCUCUUCCUCCGCCUCCUCUUCCCCUUCCUCCUCUUCCUCUCCUAUGGAUCUUACCGCACUGGUCAAAAAGGACAUCAAAUCCCCCCCACCUCUUUUCAAAGCCUGUCUGGACUCCCAGUUCCACAGGUUCCCCCCCAGGUCUUCCAAUGGGCCUUUAGGUGGUUACCCAGGGGAGGGGCACAGACUGACCAAUGGCACGGCCUCACCCUCAAAGACUGCACAGAUCCUGUUCAACCUGAGCACUGUGGCCUAUCGGGGCCAGGGGGGCGGGGCACAGACAGAAAGGAGAAAAUAGGGAAAAAAGGAGGGAGGGUGGGCAGCCCCCAAGUUGGAACAAACCUACGUCCACCCAACCUCCACCUUUCUCCUCCUCUUCCUCACCCCUCUGAGUCUUUCACUCUUCCUCCUCACUCCUCCUCCACCCCCCCAGAUGGCCCCGAGCCGGAGCUGAUAUGUGGGGUGUGCCACCGCCUCUUCAGCUCCGCCUCGUCUCUCACGGCCCACAUGCGGCUGCACCGUGGCGGCCGGGCCCUCAGCUGCCAGCACUGUGGCAAAGCCUUCAUCCACAACAAGAGACUGCAGUCACACGAGGCCUCCUGCACGCACGCUCUGAACCCGGCCCUCCCAUCUAGCAUCCCCCUUCUCCCCAUCCUGGCCAAAGAGGAGCCCCUGGAGGAAGGGGAGGUUAGGGUGGAGGGAGGACAGAUUGUGGGGGCAAGUGAAGAGGAUAUGAAGCCUGGGAAAGGGAAAAAAGGGCGAGCUCUCCUGGUUCGGCAUGAAGGCGACGUGUCAGAGCUGGUGGGGGACGAGGACCACUUCGUCAAGGUGGUGGACGGCCAUGUCAUCUACUUCUGCUCGGUGUGCGAGCGCUCCUACAUGACCCUGUCCAGCCUCAAGCGUCACUCCAACGUGCACUCGUGGCGCCGCAAGUAUCCCUGCCACUUCUGUGACAAGGUGUUCGCCUUGGCCGAGUACCGCACCAAGCACGAGGUGUGGCACACGGGCGAGCGACGCUACCAGUGCAUCUUCUGCUGGGAGGCCUUCGCAACGUACUACAACCUGAAGACCCACCAGAAGGCUUUCCACGGCAUCAGCCCGGGCCUCAUCUCCAGCGAAAAGACAGUCAACGGCGGUUACAAGCAGAAGGUCAACGCCCUCAAGUUCUACCGCCUGCUUCCCAUGCGUUCCCAGAAGAGACCCUACAAGACCUACAGUGACUCCCUGGCCAACAGCCUGCUGCUGCCCCCGUCUGACCCCUCUGCCGUCCCCUUGCCUCAGCCCCUGGACUGCAGCCUGCCCGGCUCCCUGGACCUUCACAGCCUCAUCAGUUGCUCUCUACCCAAGGGUGUGAAGCCUGACCCUGACGAGUUCCCUGCUGGCUUCCCCCUCUCAGUGGGCCUAGAGCAGGGAGAGAUCCCCACACUGCCCCCCUCCCUGACAGGUAUGGCCUUAGGGAGAGUAGCUGACAGAGAGACAGAGUCAGAGCAGGUAGAUAGCUGUGGCAGCAGCUCCAAGGCAUCCGUUCGUAACAAAGUCAAAACUCCAAAGGUCAGCGGUAGCCCAGAGUUGGGUUUGUCUUCUGUCAUCACAUACGGCCACUCCAAGCCCUCCGUCAUUGUGCAUGGCACAGCAGCGCCAUCCGUCAUUGUCCAUAGCAACCAGGUCACCUCUGGGGCCGGGAAAGGCCCCCUGAGCAGUCCCUCCCCUGAAGCUAGCAACAGCCAGACACUCCCCAAGGUCAGUGCAAAGCUUGUUAAAAUUCACAGGGAAAGUACGGAGAGCCAUAGGAAGAGAGCUAAAUUAGUGGAUAGUUCAGAUGCCACAGAGGAGGGGGAGAGGAGAUCAGAAACAGGUAGGUCCCAUCAUAAGUCCCGCAAGGGGCACAGCAAGAGUGACAGCUCCUCAGCCAAACAGUCGUCCACAGGGUCAGAGGGCAAAGGGGCCGGGCCGCUGUGCCAGAUCACGGUGCGGAUAGGCGAGGAGGCCAUGGUCAAACGCAGCAUCUCCGAGACGGACCUCAAGAGGGACAGGAGCCCCCCUCCUUCCAGAGCCAAAAGGAUGGACUACUCCCCACAUGACUCCAAGGAACCUCGCCACUCCCACCACCACCACCACAAACACCGCUCCCAUCGCAGCUCUAGUGUCGAAGCUGAGGGGGAGAGAGGAGGAGAUGGGGAGAGAGAAAAUGGAGAGGGGGACAGCCGGAAGAAAAGCCCAAAAGCCACGGGCAAGGUCAGGGAGUACUACUUCCGCCAGGAGGUGCGCAAGCAGGGGCAGAGUGAGGAUGAUGAGGACAACCUCUGGAGGCCCUACUACUCAUACAAGCCCAAGAGGAAGGCCCCUCAUGCCCACAAAACAAAGAACUGGCAACGCAAACUCCACUACAAACGCUCCCUCCGGCUAAUGAGGAGGGCAGAGAGACUCAUGGACCAUGUGAAUAAGGAAGACCAAGAGAAGGAGGAUGGAAAGAUGGAUGAGGUGGAGCAGGAAGUGGGGGAGGUGAAAGAUCACAUGGUGCAGGAGGAGGGAGAGGCACCUGAAUCGUUCAGUACUUCCUCUAUACCUUCAAAAGAGAAGGACAAAGAGGGGGAGGAAGAAAUCGGGGAAGCCCACCUUAAGCUCGCUGAUCCUCCCCUGGUCUCUCCCCAGCCCCCAUUGUCUACCUCAGUCCCCCCUAUGGACACAAAACGCCGGCUCUGGUCCGAUGGAAGUGCGUCGGUGUGCGAUACGUGUGGUCGCUGGUUCUCCAGUUCCAGGAAGCGGGAUAAACACGAGCUUAGCCACCUGCUGGAGUUUGUGUGCCUCCUCUGUAGGGCCCCCUUCCCUUCCAGGGACCAACUAGAGGACCACCAGAGAGCCCAGCACCCCAAAGCCCCCAACCCCUCGUCUGUGCCAUCCCGAGCGGGGUGUCAGUCUCGAGAUGAGGGCAUGGAGACAGAGACGGAGUUAACAGAGGUAGACAGGGCAAGAGAGAGGGUUAUACUAGGGAAGGGAAGUCCAAGUUGCCUAAGCAGGAGGUCAUUGGCGAGACACACCUGUCCGCAGUGCCAUAAGGUGUGCAAGACAUCCUCAGCGCUAAACCGCCACGUGAGGCGCCACGAGUUAAGCAGCUCCCCGGAGAGAGAAAAGGAGGAGACGCAGACAGAGUCAAAAACAGCAGCAGCAGCAGAGACAACAGUUAGCACUGUUAGCAAAGACGUAGACACCACGAGUGACCAUGUUCCUAUUGUUCACUCUGUCCCCGUUAUCAGCUACCCUAUCCCAGAGACACAGCAUAGUAGCGAGGCCAUAGAGCCGCUGCAGUGCGCGAGCCAGCCUAGCGAGGUGAAAGCAGAGCACCAAACUCCAACACCGUGCAGCGGCCCUGAACUCAAAGAACUUAAUGAACUCACAACUCCCAUUCCUGACAGAGCGCCCAGUCCUCAGAUUAUUCAGCCCCCUCCAGAGAUCCCCACUGCCGACCGGCCGACACCAUCUCCCUCCCUCUGCUGCUCCUCGGCCCUCCAGGGUGUGCUGGUCAUGAGCAGCGGAGCUGAAUGUCUGGACUACCGGACCCCAAGGAAGAGGAGUCUGGAGGGGCAGAACCACAGGAGGACCAGCCCUGCACCUGUCACUUCUCCAAAUAUGGCCCCGACCUUGCAGAUGAGAAUCAGCCAUACUGCUGCUCCUCUGUCCGUUGCCAUGACAACAGUGCCCCUCCAAGGGGUCUGUGGUGUGAAGCAGGAGGGUGAUAUUGUGGGAAAAGGACAGAGGGAGGGAUGUGGGAUCAGCCUCCUCCAUCAUGCUGGUUUUAAGAACUCACCAGUGGCCCAAGAUCUCAGGGUCCCACCCUUGUCCAGGAGCCCCAGUCCCAACCAAGCACAAGACCUGACCAUGUCCUCGAUUUUAGCCAGGGAGAGGGAGGUGGAGAGGGAAAGGCAGAGAGAAUGGGAGAGGGAGAUGAAGAGAGAGCUGGAAAGGGAACAGGAUAUGGAGAGAGAGUUGGAAAGGGGGAGGCAGAGGGAAAGGGAUAUGGACAGAGAGCUAGAAAGGAGGAAGCAGAGGGAGAGGGAGAUGGACAGAGAGCUGGGAAGGAGGAAGCAGAGGGAGAGGGAGAUGGACAGAGAGCUGGGAAGGGAGAGGCAGAGAGAAAGGGAGAUGGAGAGGGCUCAGCAGUCAAGGGGAGCAUCACUACAGGAGCAGCCCAGAGACAUGGAGGGGACCCUCCUGGUACCCAAAGAGGAGCCGAUUAGUCCCGCACUGUCCCCGAUACACACACCAAUUCAAACUGCUAUUAACAGCCCACCCUUGCAGAGGCGGCCCUCCAAGUUUCCCCGCCGCUUCCCCACUGCUAUGGACCUGCUGAUGCAGGCCAAUCAACAGGUUGCCCAGUCCCUGCGUGGCACACAGGGUCUCGAGAGGUUUCAGUUGCCCCCUGGGUCGGUCAGUGGCAGCGACCGCCCUUCUGCCCAUGCCCUGCUGCUCCCCCGGGACCCCCCACCGUCCGAGGAAGAGCCCCUGGACCACUCCCCAGCGCCAUCGAGAGACCCUCACAGAGGGGAGGUCACUGCCAGGGGAUACCCCAUGCAGGACUACCCGCUGCCCCUCAUCGUCCAGGGUGGCUACCGCUCUGGCAAGAAGCAGGAGGACAACCUGCUCAUGUCCUACCCGACGGGGCCUCUCGCCUUCGGGCCGCUGGGGAAGAUGGUGCCUACCGGGGAUCUUGCCAAACUGCCGUUCUACCCCGACCCCUACCACCUGCUUUACGGGCCGCAGCUGCUAGCCUACCCCUACAACCUGGCCACCCUGCCCAUGGCUCUGAACAUGAUGGCCCCCGGGGGGGAGAAGGUGGAGCCGUUGCCUUUCCUUCCUGCCCUCUUCAACUACGCUGCUGCAGCUGGUCCCUACGCUGGCAUGGCGCCACACCACCUAGUGGGGAACCCCAGCCUCUACAACAGCAGUGGCGGCAGCAGCAAGAAACAGCGGGACAACAGCAACGGAAAGUUGUAGAAGGUGUAUAUAGAAAUGACAUCUGAGGAAUAUUUCAAAGCGGACGACCAGUCCCUGUAGUGGAGAAGGAAGGGUGCCAUCGGCUCCUUUGUAGUGCGUACACUUGCACAGUCCCCUGCCUCUCUUUUGUAAAGUAGCGAUCAGAGCCAAAGCGUUGAAUCAGGAGGAGGGUUGAUGUGAAGUGGGGGAGUGAAGUAAGAGGAGGAGAGAAAAAAGACAGAUCCAUCAUUCCCCUCUCCUUUCCUCUGGCUCGCCCCAUUCACCUCUCCUUUCCUCUGGCUCGCCCCAUUCCCCUCUCCUUUCCUCUGGCUCGCCCCAUUCACCUCUCCUUUCCUCUGGCUCGCCCCAUUCACCUCUCCUUUCCUCUGGCUCGCCCCAUUCCCCUCUCCUUUCCUCUGGCUUGCCCCAUUCACCUCUCCUUUCCUCUGGCUCGCCCCAUUCACCUCUCCUUUCCUCUGGCUCGCCCCAUUCCCCUCUCCUUUCCUCUGGCUCGCCCCAUUCACCUCUCCUUUCCUCUGGCUCGCCCCAUUCCCCUCUCCUUUCCUCUGGCCCGCCCCAUUCCCCUCUCCUUUCCUCUGGCUCGCCCCAUUCCCCUCUCCUUUCCUCUGGCUCGCCCCAUUCCCCUCUCCUUUCCUCUGGCUCGCCCCAUUCCCCUCUCCUUUCCUCUGGCUCGCCCCAUUCCCCUCUCCUUUCCUCUGGCUCGCCCCAUUCCCCUCUCCUUUCCUCUGGCUCGCCCCAUUCCCCUCUCCUUUCCUCUGGCUCGCCCCAUUCACCUCUCCUUUCCUCUGGCUCGCCCCAUUCCCCUCUCCUUUCCUCUGGCUCGCCCCAUUCACCUCUCCUUUCCUCUGGCUCGCCCCAUUCCCCUCUCCUUUCCUCUGGCUCGCCCCAUUCCCCUCUCCUUUCCUCUGGCUCGCCCCCCCAUUCCCCUGUCAUUCCCCUCUCCUUUCCUCUGGCUCGCCCCAUUCACCUCUCCUUUCCUCUGGCUCACCCCAUUCCCCUCUCCUUUCCUCUGGCUCGCCCCAUUCCCCCUCCUUUCCUCUGGCUCGCCCCAUUCCCCUCUCCUUUCCUCUGGCUCGCCCCAUUCCCCCUCCUUUCCUCUGGCUCGCCCCAUUCACCUCUCCUUUCCUCUGGCUCGCCCCAUUCACCUCUGGUUUCUGUUCUCACGUCUUUCAGUAGAAAUAGUUCAAGAGCUUGAUUAAUUGUCCUCUCAAACUUGUUACGACAAUAUCUAUAAUAUAAGAAUAACAACAGCUAACAGGGUGUGUUUUGCGAAUCAUUUGUUUCGGUCCGCUUCCCAUUCUGUUGACCGCAUAGAAAUACAGGGGAGGCCUUGUUUUAGGGACAGAAGGGAUCAGCCAAAAUGGACAUAAUUCGACACGGUGGGAGUCGGAGCAUUAAAUUACACUGUGUGAGUGUGUGAUAUGUGUGAUUGCUUUAGUAAACUUGUGCUCCAAGUGUCUGUGAGAGCUUUAUAUGAACAGGUAACAUGCACAGUAUGUAGGAAUUCUGUUUGUGAACGCUGAGGUGGGAUUCUGCUUGUUUGGCGUGGAUGUGUGUGUGUGGAUGUGUGUGAGUGGCUGUAUGGCUGCCAUCUGAGUGCUGAUCGUUCCAUGGGGUUCUGAGGUGUUAGCAACAUUCUAACACUAGAUGGACUAGGCAUUAUAGGUCAGUGCAUAGAAGCAUUAGAAGGAAUUCCUCUAUUUCCCGUUCACAAAGCAGCAACUCUAGCAAACCUUUUGCCUGGAGUAGAAUCUGUCAAUUACCGAUCUUGUGAGCUUAUGUUACCUCCAGUAACCAUAGUGGCCAGAUGAAUUUCAGUCCGGGUCACUAACCUAAGACCAUAGUGGCCAGAUGACUUUCAGUCCGAGUCACUAACCUAAGACCAUAGUGGCCAGAUGACUUUCAGUCCAGGUCUGCUUCGAGGUUCAUGUUAGUUUUUACCUUGUGCAUAACAACUGGAAAACAUUCCUAGAAAAAGGGGGGGAAGACUUGACACUUGUAGCUGUUAUGCACAUGUACUGUAGCUGGCCACUGGGUGACAAUCAUAGGCUAGUGUAGACCAUACACUUCCAGUUGUCCUUGUACUCAUCUCAUUUCUUCCAAGGAUUGAAAAUAAUAAAACAAGAAUCAGUCAACCUUUUUAUUCUUGUGGCCUUUUCCCUCCCCCUGAUGCCCCCUGGUGUCCACCAAAGACCCACUCCAUUUGCUAGGCCGUGUUGAAGAGAGGGAGUGUACAAGGAAAUACAUAGAGAUGGAAUCAGGGCAGGGCAAUUUCUGUGAUCCUAAGAGAGAGAUUAAAAGAGAAACACAGAGGCCAGGGCGCACCUAGGCCAGUACCCUCAACGGAGCUUCCUACAUCUUGAUGUCGAAUCAAAAAGACCCCUCCCCCUCCACUGAAAGGAGAUAGAAAAGGACAAGGCGAAUGGAGUCGGAAGACGCAGUAAGAUCACGCCACACUGAGGUCUGCUUGUCUCAGACAGCUUUUUGUGUUCCAAUAGCUCCUCUCCUCCCUCCCUCCUUCUGCGCUCUGGGGUAGAGAAGCGAGAGGUGACGUAAUCGUCUCCCACAGAGCUGGUGUUGAAGGGCCGGGCUUAGCAGCAUCCACUGUGCCGCUCUGAGUUUCCCAGAAUCCUGUGGGACUUUUUCCUGUUCUGAGUCUUUCUCUGUGUGAUUUAUGUGUUACACUACAUUUUUGGAUUUGUUUAACUUUUUCUACCCCCUUUAGCUAGGGAGACAAAAGUGGAUUCAGCAAAAAAGGGGGUUUGAGUACACUUAUAAAUAUGAAUGUAAUUUUAGUAAAGAGGUUAUUGAAGUACAAAAUGCAUUAAAGGUAGAUGGAUUUCAGUUUUUCUGACUUGAAAAAUAACAUGUGUAAAGAGUCGUUAAGAAGUCUGGUAUGCAUAUAUACUGUACAGUCCUAGGAACAUCAAGACACUUGGGUUCUGUAUCCACUAAAGCAUGAGCAACACUCGCUUCCUAACAGUUUAUAUCCUCCUAGGUAUCCAAAAUCACUCACUUUCUCUUCCCCAUAACUUUGUUUCUUUUCCCUUCCACAUCCUGUCCUUUCCCCCAUUAUCUCAGCUCUCAAUCUAGGUUUUGUCUCGGUUGUAUUUGUUCCGGAGUAUAACCCCCUCAAAAAGAGCAGCUGCCGCGUUUAUUUCUCAGAAUCAGUAUGGGAGCUGUCCAAUUAUCCCCCUUCCUCCCCAAACAAACACACACUUUACACCACCUCUUUGAAGUGUGUAAUGGGGUAUGUGUGUAUGAUGCCACCGCUGUGCUGUUCGUUUCGGGCAGGAGGACGAAAACACAGCGUGACCAACCGCAGGGGCUUGCGGCCUCCACUUGGGUGUGGUUACAAGCCUUUUGUGCGUCUCGUGUGUGUGUGUGCGUAUCUCUGUGUGUGUGUGUGUGUGUGUGUGUGUGUGUGUGUGUGUGUGUGUGUGUGUGUGUGUGUGUGUGUGUGUGUGUGUGUGUGUGUGUGUG